UUUCUUUUUUCCGUCGGAAAUAAGGCUUAUAUUGAAGAAUGAGAAAAUAUAUCUGAUUUAGUUAUAAUUUCUGCUAAAUCCGAGCGCUGGUGAUCGAGGAUUUCCCUUCCUUGUAUUAGGGAAAACGUGCUUUGCAGUGUCUCACUUGGCGUUCCGAACUGGAGAAAGUGUUUUUGUCCCAUAGUUCAUUGGAACUUUGGAAGUUAAUUUCUGUCUGGUGUGAAGUUGUGAACAGCUAUUACAUGUGAUCCUCAAGAUGUCUUCUGCAAACUUGAGCAGUUUUGUUUUCUUGUGUUUAUUUUUACCAAAGUUAAUUGCCUUGGCACAGUUGAUUCCAUUAGAUGACCCGGUAUGCUGUUUCAAUGCAACUAAACACAAACCUGGGAGUGUUGUAUUUGGCAUUGAAGAAUCCUGCGUGAAUCUUGUUUGCGCUGUUGAUGAAAGUAGAAAUCCACCAGCUGCUGUGAUAGUUCACGUACGGACGACACCCAAAGACUGUAAAGGAAUGCCAUGUGAGGACUGUUAUGACACAAGCUGCGUUGAUGAGUCUGGGAUAGUGCGUUCAGCAGGCGAGACAUGGAUGCCAACAAGGUGCUCUCACUGUGAAUGUACUGCUGGACAAGUGGUUGACUGCAAGCCGGCUCCAGUAGCUUGUGAGCCGCAACCAAAUCCGUCCUGUGAGGAAAUUCCAGGUCCCUGCUGCCCCACAUGGAAGUGUUCAGACCAAUUCUGUGUCGACAAUGACGGGAAGCGUCGAGAAAUUAAUGAGGAGUGGGGAGGCCCGUGCAUUUUUCACAGCUGUUCACCUCGAGGAAUACUGACCAGCAUUAUAGACUGUGCACGUCCACCGGUGUUGAAUGGUUCUUGCGAGCUUUUCACACCUAGUGGGAAAUGUUGCCCUGUUGUCAGUUGUGGCUGCAUUGAUAGCAAAGGAGUAGGAAGGAAGCUGCAUGAAGAGUGGGGAGGUCCAUGUAUUGUACACACGUGCACUGCCCAGGGAGUAAUCACUAGAAUUGAGGACUGUGCUCCGUUGCCUCUCCUGAAUAGUUCAUGUGAGCUGUUCACACCAGAGGGGAAGUGUUGCCCAGUAGUAAGAUGUGGGUGUGUCGAUGAUAAAGGAAUUCGUCGAGCAAUUAAUGAAACCUGGGGUACACCUUGCAUAAUCAACACCUGUACUACAAAUGGCAUCACUACCAUUGUGAAAGACUGUGCACGCCCACCCCCACUAAAUGGAACUUGUAAGCUUGUCUUUAAAGAGGGUCAGUGUUGUCCUGUCGUGAGUUGUGGCUGUGUAGAUGCAAAUGGUAUUAGCCGUGAAAAUGGCAGUACGUGGGAGAGAGGCUGUACAUCCUUCAGGUGCACAGAUGGAAAAAUCACGGAAGCUCCUGUGAACUGCACCGGUCAUCCCCUUGGCAAUCCCCCGCAUAACAACUGCAUUGUUAAUGUCGUUCCUGGGAAGUGCUGCCCUGAGUGGGUGUGUGGUACUAACUGUGCUCUUGUGCGCUGUGCUGGUCCUCCUCAACCAGACUGUAUUGCAAAUCCCAUUCCACCUCUGCAGUGUUGCGCUACGUAUACUUGUCCUGGAAACAUUAAAGGGUGUGUGGAUGCAGAUGGGAACAGAAGAGCAGUUGGAAGCACGUGGGAGAAGGGUUGCACUUCAUUCAAGUGUGUAGAAGAAGGGAAGAUCAUAGAGGUGUCGGUCACUUGCCCUUCAAUCGGUGAUCUUGGCAAACCAAAACAUUCCAACUGCAUCAUUGGUAUUCCUCCGAAGAGAUGUUGUCCUGCUUGGAUUUGUGGCCCAGAUUGUGCCCUUCUGUUCUGCGCAGGCCCUCCUAGUAAAGACUGUGUUGCAAAUGACCUUCCUGCUCUGCAGUGUUGUCCAGAUUACACGUGUCCUACAAAUCGUACAGGCUGCAAGGAUGGCAAUGGAACCUUGCGUGCAGUAGGAAGCAAGUGGGAAAAGGGUUGCACCUCCUUCCAAUGUGUGGAGGAAGGGAACAUCAUUGAAGCCCCGAUUGUCUGUUCGUCAGUCCGUGCUCUUGGGAAUCCACCUCAUUCUAACUGUAUCGUUGGCAUAGUUCCAGGGAAGUGUUGUCCUGAGUGGAUUUGUGGCCCCAACUGUUUAGUGGUCCUCUGCGCAGGCCCUCCAAGUGGUAACUGUGCAGCCAAUGAGAUUCCUCCGCUUGAGUGCUGCCCUACUUAUACAUGCCCUGAAGUCACUAGUGCAGUCACUUCUACAGCCGCCACAGCUGAAAGCAAUACUGGAACGUGCAAAAUUGGAUCAACUUGGAUACAAGAUUGUCUGAAGCACACCUGUACUGCGGAGGGCAUAGUGUCAAAUCCCUACCGGUGUGAAAUUGGCCAAAGGCCGUCUGCUGGUUGCUCUUUGGUGUUGCCCCCAGGGAAAUGUUGCCUUGAGUGGCAGUGCCCUAAAAGUGCCCCGGAAAUUGGAGACGAAUCUAGUGAAAGUGCAUCAGAAAUUAGAGAUGAAUCAGAGUUGGUAAUUCCCAUACCUGCGUAAUGCAACUGCCCAGCCUGGAGUAAUCCAUGGUCGCUGCCAUCGAAUACUUAUUUUGUCUUGGAUUUUAAGUUUUACAUGGAAGCAAUUUGCAGUUUUAUAGUUAAACUUUAUGCAAUUUGCUGUUUUACAGAUAAAAUUAUAAAUGAAGAGGUUAGAUUUUAUUUAUAUUUAAAAUAGUUUUAAGAAUACAGUAUUGUUUUUGGUCCAUACAGAUGUAAUUUUAUGAAUUCCGCAAUACAUGAAUGUGUUUAAA